GCCGCAGCAGGUCUUGUCCAAUCAGAGCGUGUGUGCAAAGUUUAGACGCAUGCUGGUAAAUGUGCAGUGUUUCAAAUCGCUUUGGGGAAACAAAACAACAAAAAAAAUUACCGAAAGCAGACUUCUGUUUGGAUUUAUGUUUAAACUUACUGGGAGUUUUUAAAUUCACUGGACGAAGAGCUAGAAAACAAGAAGAUGCCUUUUUCAAGAGGAAAGAAGCCGACAGUCAGCAAAAUCCCAAAGCUCCACAUUAAAAGCUCAGAGAAUGUGGAGGAUGGCCCUCAUGUCAAGCGAUCAUCCUCUCCUCCUCAAGGGGCUCCUAGGAAGAGAACUGCUUUUAUAGACAUCACUAAUGCUGUGUCUCAGUGUUUUGUGACGCUUCAGUACAGUGCUGAUGAUGAUGAUGAUGUCAGGCGAGCUCACAAGGUUGAGUUUAGCAAUCCUAUCAAAAAGAAAGAUCCAACCAAGAAGGUGCAAAAGAAGACCUCUGUGGCCACCAAGAAUGAAGCCAACCGAAAAAAGUCGGCCUCGGUCACUUCUGAGAGUCCGUGUGAGGAGCAGGAGAAGGACAAAUCCCCAGUAGAGAAACUGGAGGAGCCCCUUCCCAAAGCUCCGCUUCCUGCACACCUUCUGCCUCCACAGAUACCCCCAGAGUUUGACAUUGAUUCAGAUGCUUCGAAUGACCACACACAGACACCUGAAUAUGCCAAAGACAUUUUUGAUUACCUGAAGAAAAGAGAGGAGAAAUUUGUGCUGCACGACUACAUGGACAGUCAGCCGAGCCUGAACCCGAACAUGAGGGCAAUUUUAGUGGACUGGCUGGUCGAGGUCCAGGAGAAUUUUGAAUUGAAUCAUGAGACGCUGUACCUGGCCGUGAAGAUGACUGAUCAUUAUCUGGCUGUGGCUCCGGCCAGCAGGGAGUCGCUUCAGCUCAUCGGCUCCACAGCCAUGCUGCUCGCCUGCAAGUUUGAGGAGCGGCUCCCACCUUGUGUUGAUGACUUCCUGUAUAUAUGUGAUGAUGCGUACAAACGCUCUCAGCUCAUCGCCAUGGAAACGAGAAUCCUACAGGCUCUGAAAUUCGAACUCAAUAUUCCUGUUGCCUAUCGAUUCUUACGAAGAUAUGCCAAGUGUGUGAACGCCGGUAUGGACACGCUGACGCUGGCCCGGUUUGUGUGUGAGCUCAGUCUGCUGGAGAUGCAGUUUGUCCCCGUACGAGCGUCUCUGCUGGCUUCCGCUUGUCUGCUCAUCGCCCUAGUAACCAAGGACCUGGGGGGAUGGACGCCGUCUCUGCAGUUCCACUCGGGCUACAGUGUGGAGGAUCUGGCGCCCGUGGCUCGAGAGCUCCAGCACAUGCUGGACAGUCCGUCAGACAGCAAGCUCGCGACUGUCCGCAGCAAAUACUCUCACAAGGUUUUCUUUGAAGUCGCUUUGAUGCCUACUGUGAGCUCGGAGAAGCUCGAGAGGUUUCUGAAGUGAGCUGAAGAGAUCAUCUGUAAUCUAUAACCUAUGUAAAUAUUUGUAGUUUAUAUUACAUAUCUCCUCAUGUAAUAAAAUAAAGUGUUCUGUAAUGCAUGUGGUUAAUAAGCGAGCAUGUUUGUUUGAGAGUUUCCUUAGUGCAGUUUUAGAGAGUUGAAAACAAUAGAACCUCGAUGUAAUAAAACAUACGAAGAUGUUGUUAAAAGUGUUACGCUGUAUUUUAUUAAUAAUAUUUCUAGGUUGUUGAUCGGUGUUUUAAAAGAAGUGUUCAAGUGCUGUUCUUAAAAUGCGUGUUUUCCGUAUUUGAACCAUGUUAUUAAGCCAUGUAAAUGUAUUUCUGUAAAUAUUAUAAUAAUUUUUUUGCUCACUAUUAUAACAACUUUAUUAUGUGUUGGUUGUAAUAUUUCAAUUUUUAGUCAUUGUAUUUGAUUAAAACGAAUAAUAUAUCUUUA